AUGUCUAUACCUAUAUAUGACUACUUGACUAUACUAUGUUCUUAUAUUCUAUACUUAUACUACCUACACUUUAUCUUAUUAUCACUUUAUUACUUUAUUACUUUAUUACUUUAUUACUUUAUUACUUUAUUACUUUAUCACUUUAUCACUUUAUCUUUACUACUUCUUCUAUACCUAUAUACUUCUAUACUUCUAUACUAUAUGUGUGUAUCUUAUACUUUGACUUAUACCUUAAUACUUUUAUACUUUUAUACUUUUAUACCUUUAUACCUUUAUACCUUUAUACCUUUGUAUCUUUAUAGACUUCUUUAUUUCUGUAUUUAUAUAUCAAAGCAUUCGUGCCCGAGUGGUCUAAGGGGGGCGAUUUAA